AUGAUUUCUACUUAUAAAGAUAUUUUAUCAUGUUUUAUGAGACCAAAUUAUAUUAAUAAAACUCCUAUUAACGACAUUGAUCCAGAAAAUAAUAAACAAUAUAUACCUUUUACACAAAUGUACCUCGGCAUAAGAGUAUUAAAAGAAAUAGAAAAACCUAACAUUGCAAAUAAUAAAUCCUUGUUAAAUGACUUUUAUUUAAGAACACAAAAUUUUCUAAAAAUCUCUUGCAUACAAAUUAAAAAAAAGUAUAAUUUUAAUGAUCCAUUAAUGUCAAAACUAAAGUUAAUUGACCCUAAAGUAGUGGUAUCUAGAGAAAAUGCUUCUAUUUUCCCCCUUUUAAUUGUGUUACCUCGAUUAACACAAUCAAAUGAUAAAUUAUUACAACAAAUUGAUGAUGAAUGGAGAUUAUUGUUUAACUUUGAAAUUCCUAAUGAAAUACUAAAUCAUUUAGAAGAACCUGAUGUUUUUUGGUUUAAAUUAUCUAAUUUACAGAUGGGAAAUCAAGAGUAUCCAUUUGUAAAUUUGGCAAAUUUUGCUAUUGAAGCUUUAUCUCUUUCUCACUCUAAUGCCGAUUGUGAGCGUAUUUUUAGCAAGGUUAAUCUGAUAAAAGUUAAAACUAGGAACCGCUUAAAUACAGAUACAAUUCAAGCAUGCUUAUUAGCCUCGCAAGAAAUAAAAAUAAAAAAUAAUACUUGUAUAGAUUUUGUACCUUCUAAAAAAAUGAUAGAUUCUAUGACAACAAGUAAUCUUUAUGACAACAAUAGUAACGAUGAGUUUUGUUUUGACGGAUAG